UGAUAUAUGAUCUGUAAUUGUAAUUUGUAAUGUCUUAUUUGUUUACAUUUGUCUAGAUAAAUUGUAAUUGUAAUUAUUAAUUAUUUUUAAUUAAAUUUGAUUUUGAAUAAAAGUAAAAUGGGAAAACCUAAAGAAGCCACUGGAAGUGUUGGUUUAAUUGAAACAAUACCAUUGAAGCGGCACAAAAAACACAAACACAAGAAACACAAAAAAAAGAAAUUAAUUCAUGAAGCGGUCGUUGGUUCAAAUCCUCUGAUUGAUAAAAAGAAACUGUCAGUUAGUCGAGGUAAAAAAAAUGAUGAUAUUGUUUUUGAUAAAUUGUCAAAAAAUGCAACGAGUUCGGUUGGAACCUCAGCAUCACCGAAGACUAAAAAAAAAGUAUCGAAAAAUGGUAAAGCCAGAGAUAGUGGUACCAGUAGUGAAGAGGAACGUUGGCUGGAUGCUAUUGAGUCUGGUAAACUUGAAGAGGUAGAUGAUGAAUUGAAAAAAAUAAAACCUAAAGAUCCAAAACUAAUGACAGCAAGACAACGCGCCAUGUUUGAAAGAAAAACUGACACGGAGCCACAUCCAGGGGUCGAACAAUUGAUGUCUUUGCCUACUGGGUACAAAGAAAAAGUAAUGACAGCAGAAGCUAUACAGAAAGCGGCACUGAAAUCUUUGAAGCGCAAGCAGAUGGCCGAUGAAAAAAGAGAGAAAGACAAAAAAAAAACAAUGGAGAGACUGCUGAAGAAACAGGAGUCCAAGACAUCGAAACUGAUGUCCAGGGGCAGGAUGUCCAAGCGGCUGGUACCCUUAGUGUCUUACAGGAUAACUUUGGACGGGUCCUCGAUAUCUUUACCUCCUGGUGUUGAUUUUCCUUUACCUCCAUCUGUUGUAAAAAAAAUACCGGAAGUAAUAAAAUGUGGAGUAGAUGACUGCAAUAAUCCAAAAAAAUACUGUUGCUCCAGAACGGGGAUCCCUCUGUGCAGCCUCGAGUGUUACAAAGCAAACAUAGCUCGUAUAUUAGCGUAGUUUUAAAAAUAAUUUUACCUUAACUUGACAAAUAUUUUAAAUGUUAAAUAAAUAUAUUUAUAUUAUUAAAUUAUUUAAA